AUGAAGAUCAGCCUAGUUGUUCUCAACAGCCUUUUGGCUGGGGCUAUUGCAGUACCAACUGGAUCCCAAGUAAUCCAUGAAAAACGAGAUACCAACAACCCUCGAUGGAUUAAACGAGAGGCGCUCAGCCCGAGCACCCAAGUCCCCGUCCGCAUUGCCUUGAAGCAAAACAAUCUGGACAAGGGAAUGGAUUAUCUACUAGACGUGUCGCAUCCAGAUUCCGCGAAUUACGGCAAGCACUACUCGAGUGAUCAAGUAGUCGAGCUUUUUGCUCCUAGCGAAGACUCCAUCAGCACUGUAAAGGCCUGGUUGGUCAAAUCUGGCGUCCCAGCCAGCUCAAUUACUUCCUCUAAGAGCAAAGGAUGGCUCGACUUUGUCACGACAUCUGGGCAGCUUGAGUCACUACUUAAAACUUCAUACAGCACUUACGACCACUUCGAGGCCAGGGAUGUUCAUAUUGGUACAGACGAGUACUCACUACCGAAUGAGAUCUCCCAACACAUUGAUUUUAUCACUCCUGGUGUAGUUUUUGCUCCUGUGAAGAGGACCUCCAACGCGGAGAAGCGUGAACACAAAUCGAUUCGCCAGCCUUCCAAGAAAUUACCUGCUCAUAUUGCUCAGCUUUUGGCUGCAAAUCCUCUUGCUACGUCCUCGUGUGGUACUGCAAUUACCCCACAAUGCAUCAAAUCGAUGUACAAUAUCACGGCUGGAACUUCAGCCAUCUCUACCAACGCAUUGGGUAUCUUUGAAACCGAAGAUACAUAUGCCCAGCAAGAUCUCACCUCUUUCUGGAAAGCUUUUGCCACCAACAUUCCUUCUAACACCGGACCAAAAGUUGACGCGAUCGAUGGUGCAACUGCUCCUACGAGUGUUGGAAACGCGGGUGGAGAGUCCGACUUGGAUUUUGAGAUUGCUAUCCCUAUUAUAUAUCCUCAGACCACCGUUCUCUACCAAGCUGCUGUAAAGAAUGAUGAUAUCUUUAACACGUUCCUCGACGCCAUCGACGGAAGUUAUUGCACUUUCUCCGAUGACGGCGAGACUGGAGAUGACCCUACCGUGGACGGCACGACUCGGAACGAGAUGUGCGGAACUUUUAAACCCACAAAUGUUAUUUCCUUCUCUUACGGUACCGCAGAGGCUGAUUAUCCCACUUACUAUCUCGAGCGUCAAUGUGAUGAGUUCAUGAAGCUCGGUCUUCAGGGUACAAGCAUCGUUUUUGCCAGCGGCGAUGACGGUGUUGCACGCCGUUCUGGUGCUUGUCUUGGAAGCAAACACAACAUUUUCACUCCCGGCGAACCCGCCAGUUGCCCUUACGUUACCUCGGUCGGUGCCACCACCCUUCCAUCUGGGAAAGUGCCUGGUGAUGCAGAGACCGCCGUUACAUCAUUCUCAUCUGGCGGUGGCUUCAGCAACAUCUGGACAACGCCAAGCUACCAAGCCAGCGCUGUAGCCUCAUACUUUGCCAGCCACAACCCUACUUAUGCGUCCUACAACACAUCAGGUGGUGUGAUCCCUACCACUGGAGGCAUCUACAAUAAAGCCGGUCGUGGCUACCCUGAUGUCUCCGCUGUGGGUGACAACGGCGUUGUCGUUAAUGAGGGUGAACAAGUGCUUGAAGGCGGUACCUCGAUGUCCGCUCCUCUGUUUGCUGCCAUUUUGACCCGCAUAAAUGAAGAGCGUAUUACUGCUGGCAAGAGUCCUGUCGGUUUUGUAAACCCUGCACUCUACAGUAACCCAUCUAUGUUUAACGACAUCACGGUUGGCAAUCAAGCCAAAGGCGGACCAAACGGCGAUAGUGCUGCCAGUGCUUGUGGCAACACUGGAUUCUCAGCUGUUACUGGCUGGGAUCCUGUAACGGGUCUUGGAACACCGAACUACCCUGAAAUGUUGACGUAUUUCCUCAGCCUCUCAUAA